UGCUCGACCCACUGACGUUCACGGACUUCUAGUGGAUGCCCGUUCCCCCGACCGGACGAUUGCCGAAACCGCAUUGCAAUGUGCUCAUGGCACAACUGCGAGAUUACUUGCACACUGCAGUACCAGCUCCGUUGAUGGACGCCGAAGUAGAGGUUGUCGACCUUCACGCUUACAUUGCGAAGMUCGACCGCGAGUUCAAGACGCAACGGUACGACGACAUCAACGCACCAUUGCUAUAUGUACGCAUUCAGAUCGGAGAGGCGACCUGCAACGCCUUGAUCGAUUGCGGAGCUACUCGCAACUACAUCAGCCAGGACUUCAUGGUGCGCACCGGCCUUGGCCCACGCGUCCGGAGGAAGUCCCAGCCUACGCAAGUCACGUUGGCGGGCGGUCACACGCACAAGUCAAUCGACCGCUGCAUUGACAGCGUCCCAGUGUACUUCGCCCCUCACGCAAGUGAGGCGGUGUCCUUUGACAUUCUGGACACCAAAUUCGACAUGAUCUUGGGCAUGUCAUGGCUGCGAAGCAAGGAUCACCCGGUGAACUUCUUCAACCGCACCGUUCACGUUCGUGACCAGAACGGAGUAUUAGUUCCAUGCACGGUGCCUCUUCCUCAUCCUUCGAUCAGCUGCCACCUGGUAUUCGCCGCAAGCAUGCGAGUUUCCAUCAUCAGAGAUGACAUCGAGGAGAUGGGGGGGUGUUUUCUCCACGCCCUCCCGGCCCAUGACGCUUCAUCGACGGACUCACCUUCGGAUCCACGCAUCACAGAACUUCUCGACGCCUACAACGAGGUGUUCGAAGGCCCGCACGGAGUAGUACCGGAUCGACCCAUCCGCCACGAGAUCAUCCUCGAGGACGGGGCCGUACCUCCGCGCGGUUGCAUCUACCGAAUGAGCGAGGAAGAGUUAAGUGUGCUUCGGGCACAACUCGACGACCUUCUGAAGAAAGGCUGGAUUCGGCCUAGCUCAUCGCCAUACGGUGUUCCUGUUCUCUUUGUCCGGAAGAAGAACAAGGACCUGCAAUUGUGCAUCGAUUAUCGCAAGCUCAACGCGCAGACAAUCAGGAACGCCGGCCCUCUCCCACGCAUCGACGACCUUCUCGAGUGACUGGGCGGCGCCAAGUUUUUCUCCAAGCUCGAUCUCAAGUCGGGAUAUCACCAACUCGA